AGUUCUUCGCAAGGAAUGGAAGAAUCUCAAAGAUAUGAGGAAUCCGAUAUGUAUAAAGAACAACCACCUUGCAGCUUACGAAAAUUAGGAGAUAUGAUUCCAGCACGUGUCGUGCUGUACAUACUUUCGUUUUCCGGAUUUCUUGUAUCCUUCAUGAUGAGAACAGACAUUAAUAUUGCCAUGGUGGCUAUGGCGAAGUUGUCGUCAAACAAUGAAACUGCUGUGGUAGCAUCUCAGUGCUACACAAUAUCAAAUACGUCGUAUUCAGAAAACUCUACUGUAAUCAGACCUGAGGAUGCUGGUGAGUUCGAGUGGAGUCCAACUAUUCAGUCAACCAUUCUCAGUUCCUUUUAUUGGUGUUAUAUACUUUCGCAAAUGCUCGGUGGUGUUCUCACUCAGUACUUCGGUACUAAAACUAUAUUCGGCGGAUCUCAAGCCAUCACUGCCGUCUGCAGUCUACUUAUACCAACUGCCGCGGAAAUCCAUUAUGGGGCUCUGAUAGCGUUACGUAGUAUACAGGGCAUUGCAAGUGGACUCACGUGGCCCGCGAUGUACGCCGUAAUCGGGCACUGGAUUCCACCCAUGGAACGCACACGUUUCAUGUCUUCCUUUCAAGGGUUCAGCAUCGGCAUUGGAUUGACCUAUCCGUUGUGCGCGUUCAUCAUCGCCCAUUUCGGAUGGAGGAUUGUGUUCUACACGACUGGCACCCUUAGUCUCGUUUGGUGCAUCUUUUGGUAUCUUUGCGCCUUCGACACGCCUGCCUCGCAUCCCCGAAUAUCUAAGCCGGAACUUCGUUACAUUCAGGAAUGCGUUAAAAAUCAAGUUAUUGGAGCAAGCGAGGAUUUGCCCGUUCCUUGGAAGUCUAUACUUACGUCUUUGCCAGCAUGGGUAAUCGGUAUCACAACCUUCGGAAGGAUAUGGAUACAUUAUAUCUUUAUCAUUCCCGGUCCGAUGUAUAUGAAGACAGUGUUAGGAUUCAGUAUACAAGCAAAUGGUAUCCUAUCAGGUGCACCAUUUAUCUGUAGCUACUUAAGCUCCGUUAUAUUCUGCUACGUUGCGGAUCUCCUAGUUGCGCGGCAAAUCAUGACUUUAAUCAGUGUGCGCAAGAUAUUUACCGCACUAUCUCAAGUGGUUCCUGGAAUACUUGUGAUCUUAAUUGGAUAUUUAGGCUGCAAUAUUAUUCUAGUUUUAAUCGUGUGGUUUAUAGCUGUUACUCUCAUAACAGCCGGCUACGCGGGAGCAAUGGCCAAUGUCGUCGACAUUGCACCCAAUUUUGCUGGACCAGUGUUAGCAUUCGCGCAGACUAUUCACAUGACCGCCAGUUUCCUAUCUCCUAUAGCAGCUGGUCUGCUCACACAAGAAAGCCAAUCUCUCGAUUCAUGGAGAAGAGUAUUUGCUGUUACUGCGGGUGUAUCUUGCAGUACAUAUAUUGCCUAUCAAAUAUUUGGUACAGCGGACAUACAGGCAUGGAAUUAUCCGGAUCAAAAAUAUCCUCAAUCUAUUCCAGAAGAAUGCCUGUUAAAUGAUUCAUUGUGGAUAUUAUUGACUGCAUUCUUAUUAAUUGCAAUACUUGUUGCGGAAACUUCUGCAAAAAAAUCGAAUAAAGAUGUGGAAUCAAGGAACAGCGAUAAAAAGGAGAGAAAGGUCGAUGUAGAACACCGUACAAAAGAUAAGCAAUCAAAGAAGAAAGACAAAUAUGUGAAAGAGCAGAGGAAAAGGAAAAAUAGCUCAGAACGAAACAUCGAAAAUCCUUCUGAAAACUAUCUAGAUGCGAAAAAUUCUUAUAAAUCAGAACAGAAGUUGAAAAACAAGCGAAACAGACGUGAAGAAAAUGGUGAAGUGAUGAAUGAAGAAGGAAACAGAAAUAUUGAAAAGAAAUUACAAUAUUUAAAAGAUAAGAUUAAAACAGAAACGCAAAAUAAGAAAGAUAAGAAUGCUAAAGAGCAUUUAACAGAAUCCGAUACAUUAUCUGAAGAUUCUCAAAGAUCCGAAAUCAGCCAAAAAUCGAAAAAAAGUUUAAAAGAGGAGAAACAUAAGAAGAAAUCAAAAAAUAAUGAGGAAGUAGAAAAUAUAAAGAAAAAUCCAAAUAAUGAGGUUUCAAGUAGGAGAACGAAAAAGCAUUCUAAAUUGGAAAAUUCUCAAAAUGUUAAAGAUGUUAACAAUAACGAAAAAAAGAUAAAAUACGAUAAAAAAAAUAAAAAGGGAGAGGUAUUGAAAAAUACAGAAUUUAAAGAAAAAAAGGAAGAAUUAGUCGAAACGGAUGUAACAUCUACAGAUUCCGAGCAAGAAGAAAUUCUGGACAAGACAAAGACGGAUAAACAGAAAGGUCAGGAAACGUCGACGAAAAGCAAGAACAAUAGAAAGAAGCGUGAAGUGAUGCAAGAAGAAGAGGAAACUGAUAUAACAUCUGCAGAUUCCGGUCAAGAAGAAACUGUGGACAAGACAAAGAAGGAUAAACAAAAAUCACAAGAAACAUCAAAGAAAACAAAAAAAAAUAAGAAGCGUGAAAUAGUGCAAGAAGAAGAGGAAGCUGAUAUAACAUCUGCAGAUUCCGUGCAAGAAGAAAUCGUGGACAAAACAAAAAAGGAUAAAGCUCAGGAAACAUCAAAGGAAUGUAAGAAAAAUAAAAAAAAGCGUGAAAUUGUGCAAGAAGAAGAAACUGAGGAAGAGCAACUGAAAGAAAAUAUUAUUAUAGAGGAAGAAAAUGUAAAUGAAAUUGAAACAAUUGGCAUUGAAUCUAAAGAAGAUUCCUCAGUUUAAACUAACGACAUGAAGUACCUAGAUACACCUUCUAAUAUCAAAGAACUAAGUUGAUUGAGCGAAAAAACAUAAUCUGUCCUUCUGUGAGAAUGAAAUCAUUGUACAAACAUAGGUGCCAUGAUGAAGCAUAUAGAUAAUCAAUUGAUAAAAAAAAAAUAC